UUUUACCCGCCAAUUUUAUGUCUUGUGUUGUUUUUCUUUCAAUAGUGUUUCAACUUGCAUCAAUAAUAUUUGUAUCUUUGUUUUGGCCUUUUAAUUAAUCAUUAAAUUGUUUCAAAAAUGGAUGAAGAUUUUUCUUCAAUAAAUCUCGUUGAUUCUGCUGAGAUUCUUAAUGAAUUCAUUGAAGCUGGUGUCUACAUUGCCAAUGAAGAUGUUGUGGAAAAAUUGAAAAAAGUGAGUGUAGAGUAUAAUCUUACGCCUGCCGAUCUUUAUGCUCAAUGGUUAUCAUACACAAACAAAAACCCCGGAGUUGAAAAAUUAGAUGCUGUUGUUGCUGAGGAGCUCGAAGCAAGGAUUCACCAGAGUAGGAUUAAAGCCACUCACCAUAGUGCUACCAAGGCUAAAUAUAUUCCCAAGAUCAAACCUAAAAUUGAGUAUGAUAUAUUGGAAACUUAUGUGUCUCUCGGCAAUAUAAAGAAAGAGAAUGGCAGUGAAGAUGCAAAAACUGAUUUAGAGGAGAAAUCUGGUGAGUCAAAAUCGGAACCUGUAAAGAUAAAAACAGAGCCGGUCGAUGAGCCCAUGCAUGAAGAUAUAUCCAUUGAUCACAUAGAAAAUGGUAAAGCAGAAAUAAACACAGAAAAAUUUCAAGCCAGAUAUAUAAAAAUAGAGCGUUCUGAUGAACCAGAAAAUCUUGUAGAAAGCAAACGUGAAUUCAAAGUUGAUGAAGAUGACGAAUUGUACAAAAGAGAAGUCAUUUGUGAAUUUGGACAAGUUAUCCCUUUCAAAGCAUGGUUGGCCUUAAAAAAGGAUCGGAAGCUCAACAUAACACCAUUCGAUCAUAAUAGAAAUUUAUUAGCAGAAGAAAAAUUCAUGGAUUGUAGUAUAAUGAAGAAUGUUCGAGCAAUGGAUGCAAUACAUAAUGAGUUGAGGCCCCUAUUUUUAAGUGCCGACCGAGACCGUGUCAUAAGCACUUUCGUUAAUGCUGAGCCUGGAGAAGCAGCAUUUUUUGGUAAACUUCGAAUGGACGCAAAAGAUGAGUUUGAUGAGAAACUUGUUUUUCUACAUGACGAUAGUGAAUGUAAAGUCCGCUUUCAACUCGAUCUUACUCAUGUAAAAGAUUUUUCCAUUUUUCCUGGUCAAUUUGUCGAGAUUGUUGGCGAGGCUGUGACAAAAGAAAUUAUUCGGGUCCAAGAAAUCCAUGAUAUGUCCUAUUUAAUUAGACCUUUUCCACCAGCUCCCACCUUUACUCAUCCUAUUAACAUUGUCACUGCUUCAGGGCCUUUCAAUACCCCUAACACUGAUGAUUUUUCGUUGCUCAAAAAUCUACUUGAAUACGUCUCAAGCUAUCGUCCUGAUGUUCUCAUUUUAUUUGGACCGAUUGUCGAGAUGACAUCGAGUAUGUUUGACUUCUUCUCUCUCUCCUUAUUUAAUGAUGCUAUGUGUUUGAUUAGUGAGAAAGUUGUGGAAACUGGAACUAGAGUCAUAGUAAUAUCUUCACCUAAAGAGUGGCACACUUUACCUUUAUUUCCAACUCCGCCAUACAAUGGGUUCUGGACCAACAUCGAGCUUUACCCCUGUCCAUCUGUUAUCGACAUAAAUGGUUUAAUUAUUGGAUUGUCUUCUGUUGAUAUCAUUUUUCAUUUGACUAAACAUUUAUUGGAAAGUCGAAAAACAACCGAAUCUGGAAAUCGUAUUAAACGUAUCCUUAGACACAUCGUGGCUCAGCACAAUUUUUAUCCUCUUUAUCCAACAGCUGAUGAAGUGACACUAGAGGUUCCCAAAAUUGAAUAUUGCCGAUUUAUGAAAACACCGCAUAUAAUAAUUUUACCAUCAACGCUUCGUAAUUUCAUUCAUUCUAUUGAAGGUUGUGUCUUUGUCAAUCCAGAAAGAAUCAGAAAAAAUACCAUCGGUCGAAUUCAAGUUUUCCCCGCUGCGAAUCAAGGAGUUUCAACAAGCAUUGAAUCAUCAAUCAGUGCUCAAAUCAUAAAACUUUAAAUCAUAUUGUUUUCAUGAUAUUCCAUUUUCUAUAAAUUUAAUAAUUGUGAUGUGUCAAUUUUAACAUUUUUAUGUCUACAGCAAUGAGUAAGCAAACUCUUUUAAACAUAAUUAAAUUCAAGUAUUGAGAAAGAUAA